CCGGAUGUAAUUGAUUGACAGGUCAGCGUCAUGGCAGCGAACAAUCGGUGAUGUCAUUUGUCAGCCGCCGACAAAUUUACGCUUUCUCAAGCGGCAGUUUACGGUUACAUUGGGUGAGAAUUUAACAUAAAUGUUGUGCCGACAUACUGAGAUAGUUAUUGUACCAAAAUGAUGGCUUUUGUGACGAAACCAAUGGGAUUUUCGAUGGGAGCAACUGCAACAGACACAAUGUAGAUGACAGGAAGACAGCCGGGUAUGACGGUCCCAUCCCUACAAUGGAGUUUGUAGACACUAAGCUCCACGAAGCCGUCCGUUAUGGCGACACGAAUCUGGUGGAGAGCGCCCUCAAGGAGGACCUGGACCCCAACGCCAUCGGCUUGUACCAGUGGGGUCCGCUGCACGAAGCUGCCAGCAAUGGCGAUCUGGAGAUCUUGUGGCUUCUGCUUCAGUAUAAAGGGGACCCAAAUGCCAAAGACCACCUGCAUGGGUGCACACCGGUCCACUACGCCUGCAGAGAGGGUCACGUAGAAUGCUUAGAGGCGUUGCUUGAGAUGGGCGGGCGCUAUGAUGUUGCCAAUGACGACGGAGAGACGGGACUGGAUAUGGCAGUCGGGAAAUGCCGAGAGUUACUUGAUAAGCAAAGGACGCAGGAACUGAUCCGAGUUUCAGUCAAAGAGAAACUGAGACACGAUGAAAAUGAGGACAAAGUUCUCAACGACAAAACUCCCGAGACAAUUGGCAAGGAUUCUGUCUUUGAGGACUUUGAUGAGCAUGUGUCCCCUACCCCAUCUCUCAAAGGCAACUUACCAACUGCUUGGGAUGCCAUCAAAGUCCAUGAGACAAGCUCUAAGCCAGCCAAAGAUGCAGGAACUGGCCUGCUUCAGUUGUCCUUUGAGUACAAUUCACAUACGUCAAUCAUGAAGAUCCGGGUGUGGCAACUAGAGGACAUUCUGCUUCCACCAGCUGAGGUCGCAAGCAUCACUCGGGUCAGCAUCCGAAGUCGCCUUCUCCCCGAUAAAAAGGGUGACACCAAACGGAAGACAGAGGAGGCAAAAAUUGAGGACUUGGAGAAGAUGAAGACGAGCAUUGUCAGUGUAAAGCGCAAAACUGCCAAGGAUAGCUUUAAGGCUAUCUACUUACCUUGUAAUUUCCAAUUUACUAAACCACUCGAGUACAAGAACAUUACCAAGGAGAUGGUGGAAUCUAAGACAGUGCACAUCGAUGUGAAUGUCAAGCAGAAGUACAGCAAUAAGAGUUUUUCAGUGGCAAACGUACAGCUGCCACUGAAGGAGGCCGUCCGCAAACUCCGGAAGAAGAGAUACAGCCUGCAUCCAUGUAUCAAUUAUACCAUGCCUGAUAAUAUCCAUUCCUAUGAUCCGAACGAUUUGAUUAUUGUCUCUGAGGGUAUGUAUAGCAAUAAGACUGUGAGUAACCCCAACCUCCGAGCGUUGUCCAAGCACAGCUUGCAGGUCGGGACGGAUCCUCAGCGAGCAACCAGCGACAUCAACCUUCAGACGGUGCGCUGCCACUCGGCUGAGAGCAUCCCAUCAGUCUCCUUGAGCAUCCCCGAUGACGAACAAGAAGAGAACGAGGCUUUGCAAGCCAUUGCCAUCAUGAACGACUCACCAAGGUCAUCUCAUCUCAGUCACAGUAAUCCUGAGAUCCACGUCGUCGAAAUCCAUGAAAUGGACACCAUCCUACCAGGGACUAUGAACACAGACCUGACAGAGGUAAAGGUGGAGACUCCUCAACGCAAACUCAGCAGAAGCUCUCCAAACAUUCCUGUCCUCCAGAUCGAGGAUCUUGAGGGCGAAGCUCCUCUCAAGAAGCUAAACAGGCCCACAUCACCUCCUAAUAGGUUAGCUGUUCCUCCUGUCUCAUACAACAGACGGCGUCAUCAAAACUCAUCAAGAAUUCAGCGAGAGCUUCCUGAUGUUGAAAAUCUCAAAAAGACUCCAGAUUCUCUCCAUGACAGAGACUUUAAGAGUGGCGUAGACCAGGAGCCUCCCAGACCAGGGAAGGCAGUUCCUGUGUCACCCAUUCGCAAAGACCCAAAUUUCAAAGAUGUUGGAGAAAAACUUAAAACUUUCAGUAAUCCCUCGGGAGCCUUGCACAUCGCCAAGGAUGCCCCUUCAGGUUUGGAUAGGAAGAAGGAGGCAAUCAGGUCUAAGGUAAGAGAAAAAAGGAACCUGAAGAGCAAAGAUGGACACCAUGGGCUGUUGAGAACCUUCAGCGAGAAGGAAGGCAUUGACUCAACUGUGUUUGAACAUGAUGAAGCUAGUAACACAAGUCAUGUGGAAUACCAGGAGGUCAGCGAGCUAACAGGAAGUCCAUCCAAACUGUCAUCAUCAAACUUUAGUGCAGUUCUUGGCCAAAAACAGGAGGGAAAGCCAUCCAAACACAGAAUCUCGAGGACAGUCCUCCCAAUGUCUGAGUUGACCUUGAAUCCGAGUCUCUUACCAAAGGUAGAGACAGUUUCUGAAACACAGUUUGGCCAUUUGAGCCCAACCAAGCAAUCCACGCCAAAGAAGCCUGCACUGAAAGAUCCUACAAGGACACAUCAGAACCCUAAAAGAUUGCAUUUGUCAGUCUCAGGGAUGCCCGAGACCAACAAGAUGACAGUUGCUGCCCAGGACUUCCCUCAACCUAUUACCCGCGGACUCAUGCACACUGAACUCAGAAGGCCUACAUCACCACCACAGCGACUGUCAUCACCUGACGAUUUGUACACCAAGUCUCGCUCUCCAAGCCCAGGAUCAGAAGCCAGGGUGCACUUCCAAUCUGAAACUGAAAUCAUAGAGCCACGUUAUAAGCAGACGUCCCCCGCUCGGAGAAUAAGGUCCCCUGUCCGUGAACCUGAGUCGAAAAGCCCCAAAACACCUGAGAGAGUUGAAAUUGAAAUGAGCCAUUUGCAGCUCGAUCCAGCAUUCCAAAAGGAAAUGGCAACUCCAGAGUUUAAGCUGCGAAUGUUCCAGCGAACCAGCAGAGAUCCUCAUCCAACUGAACACUAUAUCAGGAGCAAACCCGCAGGAAGCAAGCAGCUGUUGGAUUCCCAGGAGGAGGGAAUGGAUCCAUUCUUCGUGCCAGAGACUCCCACUGGAUCACCAAUGGCCAGUACCUCUUCUGGUACAAGUCAAUAUCAAGGGAGGUCUGUCAAAAGGCCAAGGGGCGUACAGACUGGCAGGAAAACGGAGUUAAAACAGGGUGAGAUGAGACCUGUUGAAAACCAGUCCAUCGUCAGAGUAAAGCAAAGUGUACUUUGAUGAAGAUAAUGAAAACAUGUAUGUACUUAAAUUAUUUUCCAUCGCCAGUAAUGCCAGUUGGCACCGCCUAUGUGAUACUGUUCCAGCCACGUCAACAAGAAGUAGUCUUAGAUUUUCUGGGUUGUUUCAGUAAGAGCAACCUUUUAAGUAAGCCUCUUUAUCAAGAUGAACUUAUCAAACUUGUUUUCAAUCUUAGCAAGUGGCAUCGUCUUACUUUUACAACAAAAGAUGAACAAGCCAUGGAUGAGCUGGUAGCGAUUUUAAUGUCACUGUUUAAUCUACUCAAUGUAACUAAUGCAACAUCUUAUUGCAAUCAAAGCAAAAUUUACAUUUAGGCAUGCAGACACCUAUAGAUUAAAACGGUGGUAAUGCCGCAUGAAAAAAUUCCCAGAAAAUUUUUGCCAAAAAAAUAGUUCAUGUACACAAUUAAACUUUUGAUGCUUCCAGUUUUAAUUUACAAAAUGAACAAACAAAAUGUGUACAUGUGUGUUUUGAUUGAAUGUUUUUAAACAGUUUUAUUAAAGUGACUGAUUCUCAGGGAAAUAGUGUUACGAACAGUAAAGACAAGUAAUGUACAUACAUGUACUAACUUAUUUCGUUUUCAGGAUAGUCAGUUAUUGCUCAGAUUGUAAAUUAUAGAGUAUUCCUCAGUGUACAAACUUUAGCUAAUAUGUAUUAAGACCAAUCUGUGAGUGAUUGUUUUCAGACGUAGUAUUCAUUUGCAUACAAAAGAAUAUCAUUACUUUAUUUUCAAAUAUUACCUCCCAUUCUUCAUAUUCAUCCCAUUGAAGUUACUACAAGUCUCAAUCACUUUCUAGAUUGAACAAAACUAUGACCUUCCAUCACGAUCUAGCUGGCAUCCUUUAGAAGGAGAUUUGUAGCAGCUUAACAUUUUAAUAGCAAGUCACUACGCAUACAUGUAAAAACAUACUCCAGACCCUUGAUAGCGAUAUAGCAAGCGUGGUUUGAUGAAACCUUUGAGCAAUUUUGCUAAAUUGUAUUUGAAAUAACAACUUUAUAUUUUUUUCUCCUCAAUAUUAUUAGAACCUGCCUUGGCUAAUAUUUAUUUUAAUUCUGAAUGUAUUCAAAAUGAUAAAUUCUUUUUUUUUUUGAAUUUCUAUUAUUUUUUUGGCUCUCUGUCUGUACAUAAAGUUUUAACUUACACUUUCCAUACUAGUCUUUUACAUUUACAAACAUGUACAACUUUUUUUUUCUUUUUUGACAAUUUCACUUUUUCAACUCUCUUUUCGAAAAUUUCUGAUUUUUAAUGUGAACGAUCCGUCCACGCUUAAGCAUCCUAUACGCAAACCAAGUUAAUGUAAUCCGUCCUUAAUUGAGCAUUUUCUAAUUCUAAGAUUUGAUAAACAUACAUUUUGAAAUGAAAUGUCUAGAUAAUUAUAAUUCUCAAAGAUAUGAUAAUGGCAUAAAUUUUUACAUGCAAUUUUGAGGUAUCCAUUAAAUAAUGUUUUGAUAUCAAAUAUA